AUGUGCGCAACUUCGUCCCCCUGGAAAAGCAGCAGUGAGCGCUUACCCGCUGAGCUGCCUCCCCAGCCUCCUACCAGCUUUGAUGAUGGACCUCAUACAUGCAAAGCACACCACCGAGCAAUAGCCAUUUUCUACACUGGAGGAGGUUUGAAUAUCAUACUUUGGACACCUUUGCGUGCACGUGUGCUGAGACAGGGUGGCGAUCCUCCUGUCUCGGUCUCAAGAAAGCCGGGACUGCAGGUCUGCGUGUAUCAGCACAUCAAUUCUACUGGUCCAGACACCUG